AUGAGGAAUCUUGAACAAAACUUAGGUGGAUUGUCCCAUCAUGGAUGUACGCAGGGACAACAGAAAGUAAUUAAAAACGGAGAAGGCCAAAGGAAUAAAGAGUUUGAUACCAGCCGGAGAACUUGUGCGAUAGCUGUUUCACCAUUCUUGUGUACAGGUCUACCCAACGCUUCAACUAAUAAAAAGAGCAGUGUAUGGACAUUUAGCAAAAAUCAAUUACAGCAAACAUAUAAAAAGUGUUUCUGUUGUAUCUGCAUCAAACCUGAUGCAAAACAAUCAGACCACGAAAAAAGCCCUAAAGUUAAUAGUAAUAAUAAACACGAAAUUAAGAAAACGAUAAAAGAAGAGAUAAUAUAUUCUUGGUCUACGGUAUUCAACACUUUAAAAUCUACCCAAAGUGUAGAAAAAGUUGUGGAAACUCCUCCGCAAAAGAACCAAGAACCAAAGAAACCACUGUUUAGUCUACCACCAAAAACUGAAGCUAAAAAUGUUUCGCCAGUGUGCCGUGGUAUUAAAAACCAAGGGGCAACUUGUUAUUUAAAUUCUUUCAUCCAAGUCAUGUUCCAUACGCCGGAGUUUCGUAACGAGUUGUUGGAACUGACAUUCCCUAAUGAUUCCGGUGACGACAAUUGGUUUAACGUAGCUUAUCAACUUCAAAGGCUUUUUGUAGAACUACUUGGACCUGACACAUCGGCGGUCAAGACUAAUGGCUUAACAAAAAGUCUUGAUUGGACUCAGGAGGACACAGAUAUCCAGCAAGACGUCCAAGAGUUUGGUCGAUACUUUUUGGGCAUCUUGGACGAGAAGUUGCAACUUUCAUCGUCCGCUAACAUGAUUAGUCAUUUAUUCAGUGGCAUUCAGGUCGAAUACCUUACUUGUACUAUGUGCAAUAUAAGUAAAGAACAGUAUUCCACAUUUUUUGAUAUUUCUCUGCCUAUUCGCUCUAUUGAUGGAAAGACAUCAUAUGACUCGCUGGAAUAUGCAAUAGAACAAUAUUUAAGACCUGAAAUAUUAGACGAACAUUUUUGUGACAUUUGUGGAAAAAAAAGCAAAUUUCUAAAGGGGCAACAAUUUAAAGAGCUCCCAUAUAUUUUAUGUUUUCAUCUAGGUAGGAUUAAUUAUAACAUAAAUAGUCUAAAGCCUGAAAAAAUAAAUGACAAAGUAUCUUUUCCAUUUUUCAUUUCAAUGGAUGUGGAUGGCUAUAAUUCCAUAUUUGAAUUAUACGGAGUGAUCAUUCAUAAAGGUGAAGCCACCUUUGGGCACUAUUUUUCUUAUAUAAAAGAUUUCAAGUCGGGACAGUGGUUUGAAUGUAAUGAUGAUAUUAUUACUCUCAUACCACCACAUAAAAUUGAAAGUACUUUUAGCGGAAAAUCAAGCGCAUAUAUGAUAAUGUAUCGACUUUUUGAUAGAAACAGAAAUCGAGAAGCUUACACAAUCGAUGAACUCCCAGCGCAUUUGAAUUUACGUUUUACUCAGGUUAAACUUAUCAAAGAAUUAAAUGUUGAUUAA